AUGGGAAACGAUAAUAUCGCUAAUAGAUGCAAGAGGUGUAAGAAAGAAGCAAAAACUGGUCUCCGUUGUAUAAUUUUUGGCGCAAUAUCGCACAAAUGUUGUUUACCGAGUGUGAAAAAUAUAAUAUACAUAGAUAGCCAAUCUAUCAACUGUUGCUCUGAUAGUAGUGACAAUAAUUCCAUCAAUUCAAAUGACUCAACUACUUCUAAUAUAAAUAUACCUACUAACUCUAUUGACGAAAUUAAAAUUAAAUACUUGGAAGAAAUAUUAACUCAAAAGGAUUUAGUGAUUAAAAACCAAGAGAUCGCCAUUAAAGCACUUCAAUCUCAAGUUGAUAUGUUGAAGGAGGUAUCUUCUGUAAAAAAGAACUAUGGUGAAUAUUCUAAUGAUAGAACAAACUUAUCUAGUCUUCCAAGCAAAAAUAGACAGGAUUAUGUCAUUACACCAAAAGCCGUCUCAUCAGCUAUACAUCAAGCAGAAACAGCUACUAACUGCAGAGACAUUAUAAAUUUGACUAAAACUGAACAAAUAAAUAAACCGAACUUUAGAGCAAAUUCAAGACGUAAAAAUAUAUUGAUUGGCACAAUUAUUCCUUCAGAAACAGACUCAGAGGAAAGUUCAAGUUGUAUAGACUUUCAAAGUGAUGAUGUUGAGGUUGCCGAAGAAAUAUUUAAAUCAAAGUCUGCAUCAACAUGUUCAAGUCAAGCUAGCUCUUCAUUAUCGAAUCAUUCUCUGGUUCAGUCUCAACCUCAACCAAGAAUAGAUAAUUUUUUUCCCACUGUACAAGUAGCAAAACAACGCGAAGAAAUAGUGACACAAUUGAUAGCAAAAAUGAUAUGUAUUGAUUUACUGCCAAUAUCAUGUGUAGAAAAUAGAGGAUUUAAAAAUUUGAUAUCCUAUUUGGCUCCUACAUAUAAAGUUCCAGUAGCAAAGACAAUUCAGUUAAGGAUUGAUGCUAUUUACGAAAUUGAAAAACAAAAUCUUCUUAAAGAGUUAAGAGAUAUUCCCUACAUGGCAUUAACAACGGAUUGUUGGAGCUCAAGAGCAACAGAGUCAUAUAUAACUUUAACUUGUCAUUAUAUUAAUCGGAACUGGCAACAUAUAUCUCAUAACAUAACGACUGAAAUCAUGGAAGAACGACAUACAGGCAUAAACCUGCAAAAUAAAUUAGAAGAAAUUAUGAAUGAAUGGGGAAUAAUGGAAGAAUGUGUAUCUGCUAUUGUUCAUGAUAACGCUGCUAACAUUGUUUCAGCGACUAGAACGUUACCAUAA